UGCCUCCGCUGAGUUUCGGUUGCCCCACUGGAUUUCCAAUCCUCGGGAAUCGGAUGUGAUUUGAAAUCAAUCAGUGGGGUUUACAGCCUCUAUAGUGUUGUUUUUAAGACACAAUGCUCUCCAGAGAUUGUAGGAUAAAAGCUGACGGCCUCCCUCCCCGUAUUGCCUCGUCCCAAUUAAUACCCUACAGAGUAUAGUCGCGCUAUCAUCAACGUCUCGAGUGAUACAUAGACUCGAUUGCAAUAAACCCACCAUGUCGAAACUCUUCUCCCCCAUCCAGGUCGGGCGCAUGCAGCUCGGCCACCGCCUGGCCAUGGCCCCCAUGACCCGAUUCCGCGUGGACGACGACCACGUCCCCCUCCCCAUAGUCAAGGAGCACUACGAGCAACGCGCCGUCGUCCCCGGCACCCUCCUCAUCACCGAAGCCACGCUCGUCUCGCCGCGCGCAGGCGGCUACGCCAACGUGCCAGGGAUCUGGACCGAGGCGCAGAUCGCACAGUGGCGCCAGGUGACCGACGCCGUGCACGCCAAGGGCUCCUACAUCUACAUGCAGCUGUGGGGUCUCGGCCGGGUCGCCAACCCCGAAGUCCUCAAGCGAGAAGGCGGGUUCGACCUCGUGUCUAGCAGCGAUGUCCCCACGGACGAGAAGGCGCCUGCGCCGCGCGCGCUCACCGAGGAGGAGAUUUAUGCCCUGAUUGGCGACUAUGCGCAGGCUGCGCGCAACGCCAUCGCCGCGGGCUUUGAUGGCGUUGAGAUCCACGGUGCGAACGGGUACCUCAUUGACCAGUUCACCCAGGAUACGGCGAACAAGCGGACAGAUGCGUGGGGCGGGAGUGUCGAGAAGCGGGCGCGCUUCGCACUCGAGGUGACUCGCGCGGUUGUGGAGGCUGUUGGUGCGGACCGCACGGCGAUUCGGUUCAGCCCCUGGAGUAGCUUCCAGGGGAUGCGGAUGGCGGAUCCCGUCCCGCAGUUCAGUUACCUGGCGCGGAAGACGGCGGAGAUGAAGCUGGCGUAUGUGCAUGUUGUCGAGUCGCGGAUUUCGGGCAACGCGGACACCGAGUCGACGGAUCAGCUGGAUUUCUUCCUCGAGGCGUAUGGUCAUGCUAGUCCUGUGAUUAUUGCCGGUGGCUACAAGGCUGAUUCCGCCCUGGAGGCGGUUGACUCGCGCUACAAGGAUUACGACGUGGUGGUUGGUAUUGGUCGUCCGUGGACGUCGAACCCUGACUUGCCUUUUAAGAUCAAGGCCGGUAUCCCUCUCCGGCCGUACGAGAGAGAGUUCUUCUAUUUGCCCAAGGAUCCUAAGGGUUACGUUGACUACGAGCCCAGCGAGGAGUUCAAGGCCACGCAGGUUGCGGCUUGAAUUUGAUGUCGGUUUCCCUUUUUCCUCUGCUUAUUGGUGUACUAGAAAGAUACCACUGCAUUGCAUAUCGUAUAUCGUGUAUAUAGACUAUAGAAUUGACCUUCAAUGAUAGAUCG